CUAUUAGGUGUGUGUAUCUUCCUCCUCUCCUUCAGCCCGCUUGCAGUGAAAUGUAAGCCGACCUGAGUGCGCCAUGAACGGGCCUCAGCUCAAUGAACUACCGGACGACUCGGAGCUGCUGGAGCCGCAUGUGAGCAGCCUGAGGCGGAGAGCGCUGCAGGACAGCGAGCUGUCCACCGUCAACACUUUCUCCGACGGCUUUCUCAUCAAGUUUCUGCGGGCCAGAGACUUCGACGUGGAGCUCUCUCUGAAGCUCUUAUUGAACUACCAGCGGUGGCGGAGGGACAGUCCUGAGAUCAGCACCUGUCUGUCUCCCUCCUCAGUGCUUGGCCUCCUCAACACAUCAUACCAUGCCGUCCUCCCAGUGCGGGAUCACACGGGCAGUAGGGUGCUCGUCUACAGGGUUGGUGAGUGGAUCCCAAAAGACUGGACAGCCAUCCAGGUGUUCAGAGUCAGCCUCAUGACGUCAGAGAUCAUCGCCAUGGAGACUCAGACGCAAAGGCGGGGCCUUAAGGUCAUAUUUGACCUUCAGGGGUGGAGUUUAGGCCACGCCUGGCAGAUUAACCCUUACCUCGCCAAAAAGAUAUCCUCUGUCCUCUCGGACUCUUUUCCACUGAAAGUUAGAGGAAUCCAUCUGGUCAAUGUGCCAAUGUUCUUCCGGCCGGUCUUUUCCAUGCUUCGUCCCUUCCUGCCAGAAAAGAUCAAACAGAGGAUCCACAUGCAUGGUUCUGAUUUUCAGGAUACUUUAAGCGACUUCUUCUCACCGCCCGUCCUGCCUCCAGAAUAUGGAGGGGAGGGUUCUGAAAUAGAGGAGGCAUGUCAAGACUGGACCAAUAACCUUAUUCAAUCGGAGAAGCUCCUGAACCAGAUUGCCGCCCACCCAACAGGUGACAUUGCUACCGCCUCUGAGGACUUGAUCUCAGAAGAAAAUGAGACUGAACAGCUCUCACAGGGAUGAUGAUUGAGAUUUUGGAUCAAAACAAUCUAAUGCACUGUUCUUAACUCUUGAGUACUAACUGUGGAAGUUGUUGGUAGCUUCAGUAGAGCUGGAAAGACAUUGUUACUGUCUGUGCUGCUUUUAAACCUUCAGCAUUGAACCAUUAGGUUGACUUUGAGUUUACAUGAUGUUUGCCUGUUAGUUACAUUGAUAGCUGUCCUCCUGGUUACAUUACUAAUUAAAAUCCACCCAAACAAGUUGCAUCUCCUGAUGGAAAAUACACUUGUUUGCUUUCUUACCAAGUGAGGUGAGAAAACUGAUAUAAAUCUCUCAUAGCUUUAAGUGCAGAGCUGGAUUCAGGCUGUGGUUAGCCUAGCUUAGCAUGAAGGAUGGAAACGCAACGCUAGGUUCAUACUCUGUAGGCUAGAAAAAGUAUUAUAUCCCUAAAGUUCACUAAUUAACUUGUUGCAUCUUGUUUUGAUAACAAUAACAUUAUUAUUAUAAUUUAGCAGAAGUUGCGAUACGCUGCUCAUUAGUGCUAGGCAGAACUGCUCUUAUUCAUCAUGAAAUUCUGGCUUACAUUUUUAUUCAUACUACUUAAACAAACAAGAUAUAUUACGUAAAUAGGCAAACUUUUAUAGGUGUUGGUGGGUGUCUUUUGCUUUAGAUAGAGCUUAGCUCAUUGUUUCCCUCUAGCUUUAAUGUUAAGCUAGGCUAACCAGGUUCUAACUCCCAUUCUGUACUUGAAGAAGAAAGUGAUAUACAUUGCUUCAUUGGAGUUGCCACAAUGUUGAAAUCAAUUACUUAAGAGUUUUAUACAUUUUUAAUUUAUGUUUUACUUUGGGUUUUUUUUUGCCAAUAGACUAUCUGCAAGCUAGCUGCUCAGGUUAACUGUGACUGUUAUCUAGCCACUCAAGUAUUUAGGAGUUGUUUCAAAGACAGGACAGUUCACUGUGUCGUCUCCACUUGGAAACAGACCUACGUUGGCUUAGGUCUUUCACUUUAACAUGAAUGUUGCUGAGUGUUUUUCAGGGUUCUCUACAGUUGUUCUAUAGUUAGACGCUAAUAACUAACAGCUAAUUCUCCCAUGGACCUCUUUGAUGGGAGAAGAUUUAUGUAGCAUAUGCUUGUUUAGGACAGCACACACUGGUCUGAACACCAACCUCCAGUUUGAGGAGUGUGGAAACCUGUGAACCCCUGGUAAGAGUCUCCAUGACAGUUUGCUGCUUUGUGAAAGAACUUGGAUCCCAAAUAGCAAGCAGAUGAGUAUGAACCCUUCCUUCCCUCCAACUCAUCACUCCAUCCAGACUUUCAUCUUAUCAGCCAGUCCAACCAAUUCAUCCCAUCUUCCAUGUGUUCAUAUUCACCUUUGGAUCUUUGGUCUUCAUCCUUCUUUUCUUUUUUUUUUAAAUGAAGGUUUACCUUUAAAGUUUUUAUAUCAUUUAUGAAAUUAAAUGGUGUGUUUAUAUCAAAAUUGUUAUUUUAAUGGAGGAGGUGUUUCAUCAGUAAAAGUAUGUUUGUGAUUCCUUGCACCUUUGACUAUGUUUGGACCAUUUAUGUAUCUGAGAUUUCCAUAAAAAUGUGAAUUCGCUAUACACAUUGAGUUUAUAAUUGUUUUUAAUAAUUCCUGUGAAACCUAGUGAGAAAAUAGGUUGAUAACUAGAAAAAAACAUUUAUACAUUAGAUUAUUUGUGUUUUUAAUAACACUUUAAAGUCGGCUUAAAGUUGACUUGACUAAUAUUGGAGGCAAAUAUUCCUGUGUGUCUUCUAAAGUAGACGGGUAAGAUUUGUGCACAUUAAUGAGUCAAUGAAUAUAAUGUUUUAAAUAAAUGGUGUGUAGGAA